AUGGCCAUCAGUGAUUGGGAAUACUCGGUUGAUGAUGAGAUUGCUUGUUUCUUUGAGAAGACAACAGCUACUCGCGCAGCUUGUGACGCAUAUGCGGCGGAACACCUUGGAGGCGACAUAAUUCCUGUUGCCGUACAAGGCGUGUGCAGCUAUACUGUCUAUGCUGGGCCCAGUGGCGAAUUUGUGACCCAGUUUCGCCUGAGGUCUCUUGAGCUGAAGAUGGAGACUGUACACCUCGCUCGAACCAUAUAUGGCCAGUUUGCCCCCCAAGUCACUUUCAGGGGACAGAUUGGGGAUGAUACGGAGGGAAGAGAACCAGUCUACAUCUACAUCAUGAACCGAAUACGUGGUAUUAGUUACUUGGAUUUUAUCCUCGCUAACAACAGUUGUAUACCUGAAAAUUCCGCUACAUUCUCUUCCUGGCGAAAGACUCUUGUAGCCGAUAUCGCGAGGUUCUUUGCCCUCUCGUGGAACUCCCCGCAAACUGUUAAUCAAACCUACCGCGAUGAACUCUACCAUCAAUACGAGAAAGAGCUUGGGUUAUUGCUUAUCUCUCUCCCCCCCCGUUUCCGCCCGUUAAUACGAGGAUCUCUCGACGCCCUCCCGGGUAUCUUUUCGCUCCCAAUGGCUCUCCUCCACAAAGAUUUUGGUGUCUGCAAUAUCAUGGUAGACGAAACGUCUUGCAAUCUAGCUGGGGUGAUCGAUUGGGCCGAGGCUGAGAUUGCGCCAUUUGGUCUCAAUCUUCAUUCUCACCAACGACUCAUAAGCAAGGUCCACCUCAAGAGUGGUUGGAUCAGAUACGAUGACUACGUCAUCUUGGAGGAGAUAUUUUGGGCAACAUUGCGCAAGGAGGCUGGAGGGUUGGAUGAUGAAACGAUUAGAGUUGUCAAAUUAGCAAGGGUUACGGGGCUCCUGUUAUCCCGUGGCUUCACAAGUCGCCUUGCGAAUCAGCCGGUCCCAGUACCUAUCCAAGAUGAUGAAAAUGGAGCGUACAACAUGCGGGAUUUGGAUGGGCUCUUAAUUAAUCCGGAUACAAGAUUUACGGAAUUGACGUAA